AUGCUAGAGAAGUAUUUGUCACUACUUAAGUUUUCUGUCUGCAAGGAGAGGAUCAGCAAGGGUUCCUCAGAUCUGCUUUUCAAGAGUGAUCUUCGUACCAGUUUAAGGCCUGGUCUACAAAAUCAGGAGACUGAAUUGAAAGAAUUCGAUAAAGUGUCAGAUCUAGGGCUUGCGUAUGUACGCGUACGCAAGCAGAAUGCAAGCACAAGUCUUCAGUUAGUGGAUGACCGGUGUGUGGUUCAGCCAGAGGCAGGUGACCUUGCUAAUCCUCCAAAGAAGUUCAGAGACUGCCUUUUCAAGGUGUGUCCUAUGAACCGAUAUUCAGCUCAGAAGCAGUACUGGAAAGCCAAGCAAGCCAAACAAGGAAACCAUACAGAAGCAGCACUGCUAAAGAAACUUCAACAUGCGGCAGAACUGGAACAAAAGCAGAAUGAAAGCGAGAACAGAAAGCUGUUGGGUGAAAUUGUAAAAUAUAGCAAUGUCAUACAGCUACUGCACAUAAAAAGUAACAAGUACCUCACAGUUAAUAAGAGAUUGCCGGCUCUGCUAGAGAAGAAUGCUAUGCGGGUGUCUCUGGAUGCUGCAGGGAAUGAGGGAUCCUGGUUUUAUAUCCAGCCGUUCUGGAAACUGAGGAGUGAAGGUGACAACGUUGUUGUGGGUGAUAAAGUUGUUCUCAUGCCAGUCAAUGCAGGGCAGCCUCUACAUGCCAGCAACAUUGAGCUUCUAGAUAACCCUGGCUGCAAAGAGGUAAAUGCUGUCAACUGUAAUACAAGCUGGAAAAUAACUUUGUUCAUGAAAUUUAGUAGUUAUCGAGAUGAUGUACUGAAAGGAGGAGAUGUUGUUAGGCUGUUUCAUGCAGAGCAAGAGAAGUUUCUGACCUGUGACGAAUAUGAGAAGAAGCAACAUAUUUUCCUUCGUACUACAUUACGUCAGUCAGCCACUUCUGCAACAAGUUCUAAAGCACUGUGGGAAAUAGAGGUUGUCCAUCAUGACCCUUGCCGGGGAGGGACAGGACAGUGGAACAGCUUGUUUAGAUUUAAGCAUUUGGCAACUGGAAACUACUUAGCUGCAGAGCUUAACCCACACUAUCCAGAAGGUAAUAAUGAAGGAAAAGCUUUGCAGAGAGAUGGUGACCUUCCUGCUUCAAAGAAGAAACGCCAAGCAGGGGAGAAGAUUAUGUAUACUUUGGUCUCUGUGCCACAUGGAAAUGACAUCGCAUCUCUCUUUGAACUGGAUGCCACCACUCUUCAGAGAGCUGAUUGCCUGGUUCCAAGGAAUUCAUAUGUCCGACUGAGGCAUUUAUGCACUAACACUUGGGUCACUAGUACCAGCAUUCCAAUAGAUACUGAUGAAGAGAGGCCUGUGAUGUUAAAGAUUGGGACAUGCCAAACAAAAGAGGACAAGGAAGCUUUUGCCAUUGUAUCAGUUCCUCUGUCUGAGGUCAGAGACUUGGACUUUGCCAAUGAUGCAAACAAGGUUCUAGCAUCAACUGUUAAAAAGCUGGAGAAUGGAACACUAACACAGAAUGAAAGGAGGUUUGUAACCAAGUUAUUGGAAGAUCUCAUUUUCUUUGUUGCUGAUGUGCCUAAUAAUGGGCAGGAAGUUUUGGAUGUGGUCAUUACCAAGCCAAACCGUGAACGACAAAAAUUAAUGAGGGAGCAAAAUAUAUUGGCUCAGAUAUUUGGCAUCCUUAGAGCUCCUUUUAAGGACAAAGGUGAAGGAUCGAUGUUGAGACUUGAAGACCUAGGUGACCAGAGAUAUGCCCCAUACAAAUACAUGUUAAGAUUAUGUUACAGAGUCCUCAGACAUUCCCAACAGGACUAUAGGAAGAACCAGGAAUAUAUUGCUAAGAACUUCUGCAUCAUGCAAUCCCAGAUUGGUUAUGAUAUUCUGGCAGAAGACACUAUCACAGCUUUGUUGCACAACAACAGAAAACUGCUAGAGAAACACAUCACGGCUAAAGAAAUAGAGACAUUUGUUAAUUUACUAAGGAGAAAUCGAGAACCAAGAUUCUUGGAUUAUCUAUCAGACCUGUGCGUAUCGAAUACCACAGCAAUACCAGUAACUCAGGAACUCAUCUGCAAGUUUAUGCUGAGCCCAGGGAAUGCUGACAUUCUCAUUCAGACCAAGCUGGUUUCAACACAAAUGAACAAUCCCUUGGAAUGCCCAGUCAUCUCAGAAGACAUUGAUGAAGAGGAAGUAUGGCUUUACUGGAUUGACAGUAACAAGGAGCCUCAUGGCAAAGCCAUCAGGCAUCUGGCUCAAGAGGCGAAGGAGGGCACAAAAGCUGAUUUAGAAGUUCUUACCUACUACAGGUAUCAACUGAACCUCUUUGCAAGAAUGUGCCUGGACCGCCAAUAUCUUGCCAUCAACCAGAUUUCUGCACAGCUGCCGGUAGACUUGAUCCUACGAUGCAUGUCUGAUGAAAGCCUCCCUUAUGACCUCCGGGCUUCUUUUUGUCGGCUGAUGCUACACAUGCACGUGGACAGAGAUCCUCAGGAGUCUGUGGUACCUGUCAGAUAUGCCAGAUUGUGGACUGAAAUUCCUACUAAGAUCACAAUUCAUGAGUAUGAUUCUUUCACAGACUCUUCAAGGAAUGAAAUGAAGAGAAAGUUUGCACUAACUAUGGAAUUUGUAGAAGAAUACUUGAAAGAAGUUGUAAAUCAGCCCUUUCCUUUUGGAGACAAAGAAAAAAAUAAACUUACAUUUGAGGUGGUACAUCUGGCUCGAAACCUCAUAUACUUUGGCUUUUAUAGUUUUAGUGAGCUUCUCAGACUGACCCGGACACUGCUGGCAAUUCUAGAUAUUGUUCAAGUUCCUGUAUCAUCAUACUUCGAAAGGUUGAGCAAGUUUCAGGAUGGAGGAAACAAUGUUAUGAGAACCAUCCAUGGUGUUGGAGAGAUGAUGACCCAAAUGGUGCUGAGCAGAGGAUCUAUAUUUCCCAUCAGUGCCCCUGAUGUACAGCCAAGCAUUCACCCAAGCAAGCAAGCCAGCACCUCAGACAGUGAAGAUGUGAUUGUAAUGGACACCAAACUGAAAAUAAUUGAAAUUUUGCAGUUUAUUCUCAGUGUUAGACUGGACUAUAGGAUAUCCUACAUGCUGUCUAUCUAUAAGAGAGAGUUUGGGGAAAACAAUGAAAAUGUUGAUAGCUCUACAACAUCCCCACCUGACACACCAGGGAUUGCCUCAGCAAUUGUUCCUGACAUAGAUGAAAUUGCAGCUCAGGCUGAAACCAUGUUUGCUGGCAGAAAGGAGAAGAAUGCUGUUCAGCUUGAUGAUGAAGGGGGCAGAACUUUUUUACGGGUCCUCAUUCACCUCAUCAUGCAUGACUACCCUCCUUUGCUCUCAGGUGCUCUGCACCUGCUAUUUAAGCACUUCAGCCAGAGAGCAGAAGUUCUGCAAGCAUUUAAACAGGUUCAGUUGCUUGUGUCUAAUCAAGAUGUUGAUAACUACAAGCAAAUCAAGGCUGAUCUUGAUCAGCUACGUCUGACUGUAGAAAAAUCAGAAUUGUGGGUUGAAAAGAGCAGCAAUUAUGAGAGUGGAGAGGUGGUUGACAAUCAAACCAAAGGAGGAGAAGACCCAGUGGAGGAGUCAAAUAUUUUGAGUCCAAUACAGGAUGGGAUGAAAAAACCCCAGAUAGAUAGCAAUAAAAGCAACAACUACAAUAUUGUUAAAGAGAUCUUGAUUCGACUCAGCAAACUUUGUGUUCAGAAUAAAAAAUGUCGGAAUCAACAGCAGCGAUUGCUGAAAAAUAUGGGUGCUCAUAUGGUAGUCUUGGACCUUCUGCAGAUACCCUAUGAAAAGAGUGAUGAAAAGAUGAAUGAACUUAUGAAUCUAGCCCAUACUUUUCUUCAGAAUUUCUGUCGAGGAAAUCCUCAGAAUCAAGUUCUCCUCCACAAAAAUCUCAACUUGUUCUUAACUCCAGGGCUCCUGGAAGCUGAAAGCAUGCGGAACAUCUUCAUGAAUAAUUACCUUCUGUGUAAUGAAAUUAGUGAAAGAGUGGUGCAGCACUUUGUACACUGCAUAGAGACUCAUGGCCGUCAUGUGGAAUACCUGCGUUUCCUGCAGACCAUUGUGAAAGCAGAUGGCAAAUAUGUGAAAAAAUGCCAGGACAUGGUAAUGACAGAGCUGAUAAAUUGUGGUGAAGAUGUGUUGAUAUUCUACAACGACAGAGCAUCUUUUCCAGUCCUACUCCAAAUGAUGUGUUCAGAGCGAGAUCGAGCAGAUGAGAGUGGACCCUUAGCGUAUCACAUCACUCUAGUGGAAUUGCUAGCAACUUGUACAGAAGGAAAGAAUGUAUACACAGAGAUCAAGUGCAAUUCACUCCUGCCACUGGAUGAUAUAGUGAGAGUAGUGACCCAUGACGACUGCAUACCUGAAGUGAAAAUUGCCUAUGUUAAUUUUGUUAACCACUGUUAUGUGGACACUGAAGUGGAAAUGAAAGAAAUCUAUGCCAGUAACCACAUUUGGAAGUUAUUUGAGAACUUCCUUGUUGAUAUGGCAAGGGUUUGUAACACUACCAUGGAUCGCAAACAUGCAGACACAUCUCUGGAGAAAUAUGUCACUGAACCUGUGAUGAACAUUGUGAGUGGCUUCUUUAGUUCGCCGUUUUCAGAUAACAGCACCAGCCUCCAGACACACCAGCCUGUUUUUAUUCAGCUGCUACAGUCUGCUUUUAGAAUUUACAACUGUACUUGGCCAAACCCAACACAGAAAGCCUCAGUGGAGUCAUGUAUCAAGACUUUGGCUGAAGUGGCAAAGAACCGUGGGAUUGCAAUUCCAGUGGAUUUGGACAGCCAGGUUAACACUUUGUUCAUGAAGAGUCACUCUAACAUGGUGCAGAGGGCAGCCAUGGGGUGGAGAAUAUCAGCCCGCAGUGGACCUCGUUUUAAAGAAGCUCUUGGUGUGCCUUCCUGGGAUUACAGGAAUAUAAUAGAAAAACUGCAGGACAUAGUGUCCUCUUUGGAGCAGCAGUUCACUCCCAUGAUGCAAGCUGAAUUCUCAGUGCUGGUUGAUGUGCUGCACAGUCCCGAACUUCUUUUUCCUGAGGGGAGCGAUGCCAGAGUAAGAUGUGGUGCUUUCAUGUCCAAGUUGAUUAAUCACACAAAGAAGCUAAUGGAGAAAGAAGAAAAGCUCUGCAUUAAAAUUCUUCAGACAUUGCGAGAAAUGCUUGACAAGAAAACUAACUUUGCGGAAGAGGGCAACACUUUAAGGAAAAUACUCCUAUAUCGCUACUUUAAAGGAGAAUAUGGAAGUGGUAUGAAUGGGCCUCUGUCUGCCAGCUAUAGCAAAACUGCACAAGUGGGAGGUGGAUUUUCAGCACAAGACUUGGAUAAAUCUGGAAUAACUAUAUUCGAUAUUCAGUGCCUUCUGGAUAAAGAAGGUGCAUCAGAACUAGUCAUAGAUGUUAUAGUAAACACCAAAAAUGACCGAAUUUUCUCAGAAGGCAUUUUGCUUGGUAUUGCAUUGCUUGAAGGUGGAAAUACGCAAACACAGUAUUCGACUUACCAGCAACUGAAGGAGCAAAAAAAGUCAGAAAAAUUUUUUAAAGUCCUGUAUGACCGCAUGAAAGCUGCUCAGCAGGAGAUACGAUCGACAGUGCCAGUGAACACUGUUGAUUUGGGGAGCAAAAAGAAAGAUGAUGAUAGUGACCUAACCAUACCUGUUCCGAAAAAGAGAGUAAAGGAUUCAACCCUGCAUCUGAAAGAGGGUAUGAAAGGACAGUUAACAGAAGCAUCUUCUGCAACAUCCAAGGCUUACUCUGUGUAUAGAAGAGAAAUGGACCCAGAAAUAGAUCUUACGGGCUCAGGAACAGAUGCUGCAAAUGCAGAAGAGAAGUCCACAGAGGAAACAAUCAUAAGCCCUGCCAUUGCAAUCAUGCAGCCAAUACUGAGAUUUCUUCAGCUGCUGUGCGAGAACCACAACCGAGAGCUCCAGAACUUUUUAAGACAUCAGAAUAAUAAAACAAAUUACAACCUUGUUUGUGAGACCCUUCAGUUUUUGGACUGUAUCUGUGGAAGCACGACAGGCGGGCUGGGCUUACUGGGCCUUUACAUCAAUGAAAGGAAUGUGGCUUUGGUGAACCAGACGCUGGAAAGCUUGACUGAAUAUUGCCAGGGUCCAUGCCAUGAAAAUCAGACUUGUAUAGCCACCCAUGAAUCUAAUGGGAUUGAUAUUAUAAUUGCACUCAUCUUGAAUGACAUAAACCCUCUUGGCAAAUACUGCAUGGACUUGGUGCUUCAGCUGAAGAACAAUGCCUCCAAGCUUUUGCUGGCCAUUAUGGAAAGCAGGCAUGACAGCGAGAAUGCAGAAAGAAUCCUUUUCAACAUGAGACCAAGGGAACUGGUGGAUGUGAUGAAGAAUGCAUAUAACCAAGGCCUUGAAUGUGGCCAUGAGGAGGAGAACGGAGAUGAUGGCAUCUCCCCAAAAGAUGUUGGCCACAAUAUCUAUAUUUUGGCACAUCAGUUGGCUCGUCACAAUAAAACAUUGCAACAGAUGCUGAAACCAGGGUCAGAUCCAGAUGAAGGAGAUGAAGCCUUGAGGUAUUAUGCCAAUCAUACGGCACAGAUAGAGAUUGUUCGCCAUGAUAGAACAAUGGAACAGAUCGUCUUCCCUGUCCCCAAUAUUUGUGAAUUCCUCACUCAGGAAUCCAAAAGUCGGGUAUUCAAUACAACCGAGAGAGAUGAACAAGGGAGCAAAGUCCAUGACUUUUUCCAACAGACAGAGGAUCUGUACAAUGAGAUGAAAUGGCAAAAGAAAAUAAGGAAUAAUCCACCCCUCUUUUGGUUCUCCAGACACAUCUCUCUCUGGGGCAGCAUUUCCUUCAACCUUGCUGUAUUCAUCAAUUUAGCAGUUGCUUUGUUCUACCCAUUUGGAGAUGAUGGAGAUGAAGGCACGCUCUCUCCGUUGUUUUCAGUCCUCCUUUGGAUAGCAGUGGCAUUUUGCACAGCAAUGCUGUUUUUCAUCUCUAAACCUGUUGGUAUUCGACCCUUUUUGGUGUCUGUUAUUCUCAGGUCUAUAUAUACUAUAGGGCUUGGUCCUACCUUGAUACUUCUUGGUGCGGCUAAUCUUUGUAACAAAAUAGUGUUUCUGGUGAGCUUUGUUGGGAACCGUGGAACUUUCACCCGUGGAUACAGAGCGGUCAUCAUGGACAUGGCUUUUCUCUAUCACGUAGCAUAUGUCCUGGUCUGCAUGCUGGGCCUCUGCGUGCACGAAUUCUUCUAUAGUUUCCUGCUGUUUGAUCUGGUGUACAGAGAAGAGACAUUGCUAAAUGUGAUAAAAAGUGUUACCCGGAAUGGUCGUUCCAUUAUCCUCACUGCAGUGCUAGCACUCAUCCUAGUUUAUCUCUUCUCUAUCAUUGGAUUCCUCUUCUUGAAAGAUGACUUUAUCAUGGAGGUUGACAGGUUGAAAAUUAGAACCCCUGUUGCAGGUAUUGGUGAAGUCCCCACUACAACACUCACAUCAAUGAUGGGAGCCUGUGCAAAAGAGAACUGUUCCACAAGCAUCCCAAUUACUAACCGCGGUGAAGAGGAAGAUGGAAUAGAAAGAACCUGUGACACCCUGCUCAUGUGCAUUGUGACCGUAUUAAACCAAGGCCUGCGAAAUGGUGGUGGUGUGGGAGAUGUGCUCAGAAAGCCUUCCAAGGAUGAGCCCUUGUUUGCUGCACGAGUUGUUUAUGAUCUUCUGUUUUACUUUAUUGUCAUAAUUAUUGUUCUAAACCUAAUCUUUGGAGUCAUCAUUGAUACAUUUGCUGAUCUCAGGAGUGAAAAACAGAAAAAGGAGGAAAUACUAAAAACAACCUGCUUCAUCUGUGGUCUGGAGAGAGACAAAUUUGAUAACAAGACUGUUUCAUUUGAGGAGCAUAUAAAGUCAGAACACAACAUGUGGCAUUAUUUGUACUUCAUAGUUCUUGUCAAAGUUAAAGAUCCAACGGAAUACACUGGCCCAGAGAGCUAUGUGGCACAAAUGAUUGUGGAGAAGAAUUUGGACUGGUUCCCUCGCAUGAGAGCCAUGUCUCUGGUUAGCAAUGAAGGCGACAGUGAACAAAAUGAAAUCAGGAACCUGCAAGAGAGGCUGGAGACAACCAUGAGCCUUAUAAAACAGCUUUCCAGUCAGCUUGCCGAGCUCAAGGAACAGAUGACAGAACAAAGGAAGAAUAAGCAGAGGCUGGGCUUUCUUGGAUCAAACACACCCCAUGUGAAUCAUCACAUGCCACCACCCUGAUACCACAGGGAGAAGCCGUGACUAGCCUUUCAUCAGUAUUCCUGCUUUAUUAUAGAAUAAAAAACUGAGAUUGAGAGGAGUGAACAGUGCCUAUUGUUACAAAGUUAAAAACAACCAAGUGCCAAGAUGUUAAGUGGUUUAGCUCUGGGAACAAUUUGUAGCUGUUUUUCAUGGUUGAAAGGGACCACAACCUAGAAUGCGAGAGAUAAAAGACAGCUUGUUUGUAUUUGUUCACGGAGCUCGACUCUGCUGUCUUUGCACUCUGCAACUUGAUGGCUUUGGUGGUCACUGCCGUGUGCUAUGCAGACUGGGGCAGCGUUUGGCCACGUCCUUUACUGCUGCCUUCAGACUUCUCCC